AUGAAGCCUGACAUUACUUUAUAUUUGAUUGGGGCGGCCCUCCUUGGGCUUGCGAAUGCCCAAAUUAAGCCCGGUCCCAGGCCUGCUGCCCCUGCCCCUGCUGCCCCCGCCCCUGCCCCUGCUGCCCCCGCCCCUGCUGCCCCCGCCCCUGCUGCCCCCGCCCCUGCUGCCCCCGCCCCUGCUGCCCCCGCCCCUGCUACCGGUGGCAUUCAACCUGGUAGCGGUGGUAUCCAACCCGGCAGCGGUGGUAUCCAACCCGGCAGCGGUAGCAUCCAGCCUGGCAGUGGAGGUAUCCAACCCGGUAGUGGUGGAAUUCAGCCUGGCAGCGGUAGCAUCCAGCCUGGCAGUGGAGGUAUCCAACCCGGUAGUGGUGGAAUUCAGCCUGGCAGCGGUGGGAUCCAGCCCGGCAGUGGUGGAAUUCAGCCUGGAAGCGGUGGCAUCCAGCCCGGCAGCGGUGGUGGUGUUCAACCAGGCAACGGCGGUGGCACUACACCUGGGUCCUGGGUCUGUCCCAACCCGCGCAAGGCAUACAAUCAAUCCCCACCAGUGACCACUCAAAUCUCCUGUCCUGCGAGCGAUGGAAGUAUCUACGAGACAGUUGAUGGCAGCUGGUACUACCUACAGUGCUGUACGCAAGGCUCAGCCAACGCCUUGUCUGUCGGUACACCGCAAGUCUCGAGCAUGGAGGAAUGUCUCAAGAAAUGCGCAGAUGUCGCGAACUGCGAAACUGUGUCGUUCGAGCCUUCCACCCUCUAUUGCAAUCUGCUCGACUUCGGUUCUUUUUCUCAAACCUCCCACGGAAGCCAGCUCCAUGCCUUCCCGACUUCCCCUCCGGUUACCAAGCAGCCCACAAUGACAACUCGCCGAUGCGCUACCACCUGUCCCGAGGGCAAUGGCCAGAUCUAUGUGAGCCCGUUUGGUGAGACCUUCUACAUGAGCUGCGGAAUGCGUCACGGCACCCCGUAUCUCAAUGUUGAGUCUGUGUCCACCCUUGAAGAUUGCAUGGAUCACUGCGCAGGCUCCCCUUCAUGCAGCAGUGUUGACUUCGACCAAAACAAGCGAGUGUGCUAUCUGAGCAACAAUGACAGUCCGCCAACUAUCACAGCUCCUCGAUUUGCCGCUGCUCACUCUGUAGGUUGCUCUGGAGCGUGUGAGGGGUGCGGCAAGAAAUCGUGUGGCGCACAACAGCCAAAGCCCGACCCCACUCAAUGUGUUGACAACCAGAUUGUUAAUGUUGGCAACCACCCAUUCCGGGUCAAAUGUAACCAAUGCUAUGUGGGCGCAACAGCACAAUCGGUCUCCAGGCCUGAAGCCAAAACCCACGAGGAAUGCAUGCAGCUUUACCUAUUGGAAGCUAAUAACUAUAUUGGAGCGCAUUGGUUGAAGAAUGGCGGAUGUCGUUUGAAGCCUGCUGGCUCUGCAGUCUCGGACCACGUUGACUGUGCUGCAGCCUUCGUGCCCCUCUGGAAGUGA